AUGGCCGACAGUCAUUGUUUUUCAAAAUUCGCAUUCCUCCCUAAUUACGCCCUUCCUUCAUUCCUUCUCUUCCUUCCUUGCAUUUUUUUUUUCUUUCUCUCGAUUUAUUUUUAUCAUUUCUUUAGUGAUUUUCUUUCUUUAUUCAAGUUUCCCUCAUUAAUUCAUAUUUUCUUUGCUUUUAUUCGGAUUCUUCGUUUUUAUUAUCAGUUUGCCUCUCCUUCGUUCUUUUUUUUAAUUCCUUUUCUGCAGUUUCAUUCUUUCUUUUAUAUGUUUGUUUCUUCUAUAUUUCCGUUUAUCUGGCGGGGGAGUUCUUUUUUCUUCAGUCACUCUUUUUGGUGUUUUCCUUCUUUUUUUUUUUUCUUCUUCGUCUUUCGCUUAUCAGUUAUUCUUAUUCUUUUAUUCAUUUUUUUUCCCCUUAAGUUUUCAACAUUUCUUGGAGUUUUUCAUUAUCUUUCUUUUUAUGACACUAGUUUUUCUUCUUUGAAUUUCUUUCUUUUUUUCCCUUUAGUUCAUUCGUCUUCCUUUCUCGCUUCGAUUUCAGUUUCACUUCUAGAUAUUAUCUUUCUUUCCAUAUUUAUUUAUUUUUUUUUAUUCAGUUCUGUUCACACUAAUUUUCCCAGCUGUUUUUUUUUUUUCUUUUACCAGCAUUUUUCCCUAAGGCUUCCUUUAUUUUUUGCUUUUUUUUUUUUUUUUUUUUUUUUUUUUUUUUUUCUGACAGAGACUCGGGGCAUGGAUAUAAUCACGGCUGCUUGCAUCGAUCGACGCAUGGCACAACACGAAAUUACAUCAGAUGCGUUUAGUCGCAGAGACCAGAAAUAUUUACGGGAAAACUAUUCUCGUUAUCUUCCCCCCCCCUUCAUACAUAGGUGUGUGUGUGUGAUUUUCUUCCUCGUUCUCUCUCUCUCUCUCUUUCUCUCUCUCUCUUUCGCUCGCUCGCUCUAUUUUAAAUGGGUGAUCUAUUUGUCUUGUACAUUGCUAAUGAACCAACAGUAUAUCAACUCGUAG